GAAAGUCGAGAAACAAGAAAAAAUCAUUUAUUCAUAGAUUUGCUCCAAAUAUCAUUUAAUUAUUCUUAAUGUUUGUAUAUAGAUUUUGCAUUUCCUACAAAGCAAAUGUUACGGCUCUUUAAAAAUAAGUGUUACCUUUAUGGAGUUCCACAAAAUUAAUAGUAGCAUAAUAUAUAGUGAUAUGUGUGAUUCUUUUGAAAUGGCGUGUCAUGAUGAUACAAGUGCUCUUCGAUUGAACAUUAAAGAGACAACUAAACUUUCAGUAAACAGUGAAAAUUUAUUACCAACUCCACAGAAAUUUACUGUUGGUUCAUUGCGUCUUCCAGCAGAUCCUUCGUGGCCUAAAAUACCACGACGUAAAUUGGCAGAUGAUGUUGGUGAUAUCAUUGAACCUCCAUGCGUUGUUGCUUUGACUGGUACACCAAGAAAAAGUCGUACUAUCGUUCGACCACAUUCUCAAUCAACGAGAGUCAAUAACCUUGAGGAAUCUCUACAUCGUCCUCAAAAGAUUCCUACUCUUAUGCAUCAACAAAAAAGAAGGCCAGGAUGUUUGGAUCCGCGUUUUAAACGGGUGACAUCUGUUAAAAGUCAAAUGACAUCGACGGAUCCAUCGGAACGAGAUAACGAAAAGCCAACGGAAUUGAGUCGCUCGGCUUUAGUCAUUCCAAGCCAGUCUAAGUCAAUGACGGAGAAAAUUGAAAAAACAGUUCCGGAAAAGGAUACCAACACUCCUCAAGUGACUCAGCGCGAAGCUGAGAAACCAGGCGAGAUAAAAGGCAUGGAGAGCAUCGGUAUUCAGACAUGCUGUAAUUUGAUUGAUGGGAUUGACAUAAAAGUACAGUCAGAAGCAAAUGAAAUGGUUAAGGAUAUACGUAAUUCUAAUGAUAUCAAAAUUCUGGAGCAUUCAUCUCCCAGGAAGGAUUAUUAUUCCGAAAAACUUGAAACGAAAUUAAUUGACCCUCAGAUACCUCGUCAUGAUCGUAAUACAAUAAAUUUAAUUGAAAAUGACAAUUCAAAAGUUUCUCAAAAAGAGGAUAAAUUGUAUCGAGAAGUCAAAAAUAACGAUCAACUAGAAUGUAUCGUUGUACCUAAGGAUAAUGGAAUUUCAAAUUCAAAGACUGUGCAAAAUGUUUCCUCAACUUUAAUAUCGUCGGAUGCGCCUCAACAAUAUUCCCAAGGAAAGAAUGGGCAAUUUUUAUUAAUGGUAGAAAAGAAAGUACAGCCAACGUCCGCAAGCAAUAUGCAACUGGGUUUUUCAUCGGUACCAAACUGUCAAUACAUGACGCAAUGCUACAAUGUUCAAGUUCCAGUAUUAAGUUAUCAGAAUGUACCUGUUCAGAUAUCAACACAAUCUCAAGCGAAGGUCGACAUUCCACCAAAAUCUUUGCAGACAGCAUCAUCCUUACCAUUAAAUCAAAAAUUGAAUAAUAUUGAUAAUACAGAGGAAAAUGUAUCGUGCCAAAGUUUCUCUUAUGACCCAGAAGUAUCCGGUGAUUUGCACUUCCAAACAGCUGAAAAUAAUAAAUUAAGUACUGAGAUGGCAAAAUAUGAAGUGGAAACUGCAGAUUCCGAAUUGUGCUCACCAGACACUCCUAAGGGACAAAUAAGGAAAUCUGCUUUUAAAGAGUGCAAACUGAAUGAGAGUAACAAGAAUGCGCUCGAUCAAGAAACAACUGAUUCAGAAGUGUAUACGCAACAUAAUGAGAAACAUAAAACUCCAUCGCGUGAUAAUCACGUUGGUCCAACGAAGCGGCAGCAGCUCCUUUCACAUUCGGAAAUGCAAUGUGGACAGAUAAGAAAAACUGCUGCUGCUCACUUGAAAAAAGCUUCUUCGUAUGUUACCAAAAGUGAAGAGCCUUUGAUAGCGGAUUCGGACAGUAAUAUCGUAUGUCCUGGUUACCAUCAAUGCUCCAAACGAAAGCACACAAAUCAUUAUCUUCAGAAAAUGGUGGAUGAAAAUAAGGAACUUUCCCAUAACAUGGAAAAAGCAAUAAAAACCGUGGAUACUAGUUGUAUAACGAGGAAUGUCAAAAGAAUAUGUUGUGGAAAGGAGUAUCAACGAUCAAUGCAUGAUGCUAAGCGUACUCAAGAAAUUGAAGGAUACGAGAAACAACAUAUUGAGCAAGAUAAAUUACCUAGAACCAGUUUAGAUAUGCCUUUCGAACAGUCUACUGCCAUUCCUGCAAAGACUCAGGAAUUGUUGAAUAAAAGUUACUGGGAUUAUUACAAUAAAUUAAAGUCGCAUAAGCUAAAUAACGGCGAGACUGCCGAGCAACAAUAUUUUUGUCAAAUAGCAAUGGGUGCACCGCAAAUUAAAAAGAGGAAGGCAGAGGACCUCGAUUGUCAGUCUUGCGAGGAACAAUUGGCAAUUAGUUCACCAGAAAUUCGAACAUUGGAACAAUGUUCAGUUUUAUCGAGCAUGAUUAACAAAACACUAGAUUCAACUCUUCAACAUUCUACUGAUACAAUACAAACGAAACAAUUAUAUAUCAAUGGCAAUAUGAAAUCAUCUUCCGAUCCUACUGCUGGUACUCAUAGCGCUGUUAUCAAGAAAAUCACUUCAGGGGAACCAAAUGAUUUUUAUGAGGAAUCUCUAUUGUCGUCGUCAUUUUUAAAUAAAUUUGAGCACAAACGAGAAAAGUAUAUGGACAAACGUCUUCUGAAACUUAAAACAAUCAUUUUCUUUGGAUGUAUGAUGUAUGCUAUUAUUGUUUUUUUACCAAUGAUAUACGACUACUUCUUUUACGAUGAAUAUGACACGUAUGAAGAUUUGUCUUAUGUGGAACUUACAUUGGAUUACGUUUUAUCUUCUUUCAAAGAGGCAUUUGGUGGAUUCUUCGAUUCGAUGAAUAAAAUAUUUCUACGGCCGUUCUUCGUUAUUUCCAGCAUAAGUGUAGGAAGUGCAACAACGCUGGCUAACAUCAUAGCUUCCAUAUUUCUUCCACGACGUUUAUAGAUAUAUUGUAAUGCAUCAUUUUUUUUAUAACGUUAUGUCUUUGUAUACUUUAUGUAGUUUUUGCAUUCUUAUUCAUUACUAUUCUUAUUCAUACCUAUGUACAUGUAUUUAUGAUUAAACUUUUAUUUCAAAACAA